CAGAGCAGUACUGGUCUGCUAUCUGUGGAGCUGUCAGAGCAGCACUGCUCUGCUCUCUGUGGCUGAGAGAGGGGACAAUAGAAACCUCAAGUCCAGAGCCAUGGAAGAAGAAAAUAAUUUGGGGAAACCUUUGGAAGAGAGGAGAGGGAAGCUGACUGUUGUCCUGAUGUUGGCUACCCUCAUAUCUGCCUUUGGAUCAUCCUUCCAGUAUGGAUACAACGUGGCUGUGAUCAACUCUCCAUCGCUGUUCAUACAACAGUUCUACAACACUACCUACGUGGAGCGUUACGGUGGACCUAUGGAGGACAGCUUCCUCACCCUGCUGUGGUCUCUGUCUGUCUCCAUGUUUCCCCUGGGAGGGUUGUGUGGCUCACUGAUGGUGGCCCCGCUCGUCAACAAACUAGGAAGGAAAGGCACCCUCCUCUUCAAUAACAUCUUCUCCGUUGUUCCUGCUGUGAUGAUGGGAGUGAGCGAGAUCGCUAAGUCAUAUGAGAUCAUCAUCGUGGCUAGGAUUAUAGUGGGGAUCUGCGCAGGUCUUUCGUCCAACGUGGUGCCUAUGUACCUGGGUGAACUCUCUCCUAAGAACCUGAGAGGAGCGAUCGGCGUCGUGCCUCAGCUCUUCAUCACCAUCGGGAUCCUCAGUGCACAGGUGUUAGGCAUCAGGAGCAUUCUGGGAAACAACACAGGCUGGCCUCUCAUGCUGGGUCUAACAGGUAUCCCUGCCCUGGUAGAGCUGUUGCUACUACCGUUCUUCCCAGAGAGCCCCAGGUACAUGCUGAUCCAGAGAGGAGACGACAAGACCGCCCGGAGAGCGCUGCAGCGUCUACGAGGCUGGGAGGAUGUGGACAGAGAGAUGGAUGAGAUGAGGCUGGAGCACCAAUCAGAACAAGCCGAGGGCCGCCUGUCCGUCCUCAACCUCCUGUCCCUCCGCUCCCUGCGCUGGCAGCUCAUCUCCAUCGUAGCCAUGAACAUGGGUCAACAGCUGUCUGGGAUCAACGCGAUAUACUACUAUGCUGACAGUAUCUACAGCUCAGCGGGGGUCCCGGAUAGUGCCAUCCAGUACGUCACAGUUGGAACUGGGGCUGUCAACGUCUUCAUGACCAUCACCGCGGUGUUCAUUGUGGAGGCUGCAGGCAGGAGGCUGCUCCUCCUCAUUGGGUUUGGGAUCUGCUGUGUGUCCUGUGCUCUCCUCACUGUGGCCCUCACCUUCCAGGAGAGUACGGAGUGGAUGCCCUACGUCAGCAUCGCCUGUGUCAUCGUCUAUGUUGUUGGACACGCGGUCGGACCCAGUACUAUUCCCUACGUGGUGACCACAGAGAUGUUCCGCCAGUCGUCCAGACCAGCAGCCUUCAUGGUGGCAGGGUCGAUCCACUGGCUGUCCAACUUCACUGUGGGACUGGUGUUCCCCUUCAUGGAGAGUGGCCUGGGCUCCAACAGUUUCAUCAUCUUCUGCUUCAUCUGCUUGGCGACACUGUUCUACAUCUGGCUGAUCGUCCCGGAGACCAAGAACAAGACCUUCCUGGAGAUCAGUCAGAUGUUCGCUGACAGGAACCAGGUGGAGAUACAGGUGGGAAAUGCUCCGUUGAAACCAGAGACCGGAGACGGCAGGGAAGGCGACGCAUUCAAGGUCACUGCCUUCUAAGGAGGAGGAUUGAGGCCGUUUGUUUAAGGACUCUGUUUGAGAGAAGAAAGGAGAAGAACAAAAAAAACAGGUUGUUCUAUUUGAAGGUUGACAGACUGGACUGGAACCACUUGGUGUAAUUUGUAUUUAUUAAACUAUACGCCCAAUGCAGACGUUAUUAUGUCAAUACCAAAUCAUUUCUGGGCAACAGAAACAGCAAUGAAUCCCUUUGAAAGUGGCCUGUGUCAAAGUUGACUUCAAAGUGUAAACAGGAUAAUUUUGGUCAUAAAGUCAGUCUCAUCUAAAAUGGAGUUCAAAUAAAAUUUUAUUUGUCACAUUCACAUGGUUAGCAGAUGUUAAUGCGAGUGAAUCGAAAUGCUUGUGCUUCUGGUUCCGACAAUGCAGUAAUAACCAACGAGUAAUCUGACCUAACAAUUCCACAAUAACUACCUUAUACACACAAGUGUAAAGGGAUGAAGAAUAUGUACAUAAAGAUAUAUGAAUGAGUGAUGGUACAGAACGGCAUAGGCAAGAUGCAGUAGAUGGUACCGAGUACAUUAUAUACAUAUGAGAUGAGUAAUGUAGGAUAUGUAAACAUAAAAGUGGCAUAGUUUAAAGUGGCUAGUGAUACAUGUAUUACAUAAAGAUGGCAAGAUGCAGUAGAUGAUAUAGAGUACAGUCUAUACAUAUAAGAUGAGUAAUGUAGGAUAUGUAAACAUUAAAGUUUGGAACAUCUGUGCAUCACAAUAGGAACAUUAAGGUUUGGAACAUCUGUGCAUCACAAUAGAAACAUUACGGUUUGGAACAUCUGUGCAUCACAAUAGGAACAUUACGGUUUGGAACAUCUGUGCAUCACAAUAGAAACAUUACGGUUUGGAACAUCUGUGCAUCACAAUAGGAACAUUACGGUUUGGAACAUCUGUGCAUCACAAUAGGAACAUUAAGGUUUGGAACAUCUGUGCAUCACAAUAGGAACAUUAAGGUUUGGAACAUCUGUGCAUCACAAUAGGAACAUUAAGGUUUGGAACAGCUGUGCAUCACAAUAGAAACAUUACGGUUUGGAACAUCUGUGCAUCACAAUAGGAACAUUAAGGUUUGGAACAUCUGUGCAUCACAAUAGGAACAUUAAGGUUUGGAACAUCUGUGCAUCACAAUAGGAACAUUAAGGUUUGGAACAGCUGUGCAUCACAAUAGAAACAUUACGGUUUGGAACAUCUGUGCAUCACAACAGGAACAUUUAAGGUUUGGGUUUUGAUUUGACGAUGUCCAUUUCCCCACUAACAUGUGGUGAACAGCUGCGGUGAUUUCUCUCUAUCCAAUAGCAUAGACAGUGAGACAGACCUGCCCAGCAGCUCCGAACAUUGUUUACAUAAGAAAACAUGUCACACAUUUAGUUAGAUGUAAAAUUGCGCAACUAAAACAAGAAAUCUGUAAUACGUUCUUAAGUUUUGCCGAGGAUCUUUUAGUUGCGCAAUUUUACAUCUAACGAGGGUGUUUGGUACAGUAUUUCUCAAGUAAAACAAAUGUGUGACAUGUUUUCUUAUGUAAACAAUGUUCGGAGCUGCUGGGCAGGUCUGUCUCACUGUCUAUGCUAUUGGAUAGAGAGAAAUCACCGCAGCUGUUCACCACAUGUUAGUGGGGAAAUAGACAUCGUCAAAUCAAAACCCAAACCGUAAUGUUCCUAUUGUGAUGCACAGAUGUUCCAAACUCCAUUUUAGACGAGACUGACUUUAUGACCAAAAUGAUCCUGUUUCCACUUUGUAGUCAAUUUUGACACUGGAAUAACUGUCUGACUCAAAUCAAUGCCACGUAGGCCUGUUACCCAGAAGUGAUUUGGUAUUGACAUAAUAACGUCUGCAUAAUUUAAUAAAUACAGAUCACACCAAGAAGUCACAGUCCAGUUAUCUUAGUUUCACUCUGAAGAUUUGGAGGAAGUGAAAUAGGCUUCCUACAGUGUCUCAUGGGGGACAAACAUAAUUAACCAAACGCGGAAUCAGACAGGAAACACAUCUCUAAGACUAUAAAGUAGUGCACUGGGCCCUUUAUUAAUCCUUCUUUAGCAGACCGAUAGUCUGUAGUGUGGGAAAAUAGGCCUGAAAACACCCCCUCCCCUGUAAGUACCUUACUGUAUUGCUUCUUAGCAACAACAAAAAAACUAUUUCUCAAGGAAGAAUUAUGCUAAGAUUGUCUGGGAGGGGUCUGAGUGGGGGGAAUUAAAACAAGCUGUUAUUGGCAGACAGGUUUGGAACUCGCUUUAUUAUUGGUCUAUUAAGCAAUUUACUGCCUGGUGUCAUCACCAGGCAAGCCGAAACUCACGCCCAUAUGCAAACAAGCUGAUUAGAAGGUACUGUGAAGAUUAUAUUUUCAACCAGUAACGAUCAGGAAAUAACACUGAUAAAAACAAUUUUUUUUUUUUUUUUUUUUAAAUCAAGAAACACAGUGUUUCAUCAGCUGUUGUACAAUAUGAUACAGACCACAGGGAGUAAAACAGAAGUUUGACUGUACUGGGCCUUUAAAUGUUUCAUUUCUAUGGUGAUAUGUCUGUGACUGUGUUAUAGUUCACUGGCUCUGCAGCCUGUCCAACAAUGCAAGGCUGUUAUAGUGGAUGAAAUAAACAUACAAAAUGCUUUAAUAUAGAACUUUAUUGAGGAAACAUAGAUAUGAAUUACGAUAGAUGGCUGAUGCCCUGAGCCCACACGGACGUUCAGAGAUCUUCUGUGCUUUACUUCACUUAAACAAUAAACAUUGUCAUUACUAAACCUGA